AUGCCGCUGCUCAUCCCGUCUGCGCAUGCGCAGCCAGCCCCGCCGCCCAACCAGGCGAAGUGCGAGUUGCUCGGGCGUCUCAUGAGGCUGUACCGUGCGCUCUGCGUGCGUCACGACGAGGUGGGGCAGGAAAUCAUUCUUAAUGACAUUUUGGCCUUCCUUACACGCAACCACCAGCAUGAUAUGGCGGAGAGUGUCAUCGCCACCUGCGAGAUCAGCCUGCCGCAUCGCUCCAACAACCAGGCGGCGCGGUACUUUUACUACGUCGGUCUCACGCGCGCCCUUCGACUGGAGUACGUUGAUGCGAAUCAGUGCCUGCAGCAGGCGCUUCGCAAGGCUCCUGAGCGUGCAUUCGGCUUUCGCGUCGCGGCGAUCAAGCUUUCCCUCGUGGUCCAGUUACUGCUAGGCGAGAUUCCGCCCCGCUCGGACUUUUUGCAGAAAGAUAUGCGGGAUAGUCUCUCGCCGUACCUGCAACUUGCCUCUUGUGUGCGUUUUGGGCAGCUGAGCCGGUUCAUGUCUAUUCUGCAGCAGCACAAAAGCAUAUUUGAACACGACCGCACCUAUUCCCUCAUUUUGCGGGUACGGCAACAUGUAAUUAAGACAGGGCUGCGACGUAUUUGUCACGCGUACAGCCGCAUUAGCAUACCUGAUAUCUGCUUCAAGCUUUCCAUGGAAAACCCUGCGGAUGCAGAGUACAUUAUUGCCAAGGCCAUUCGCGACGGGGUCAUCGACGCCGUCAUUGACCACGAGAAGGGCCACCUCAUCAGCAGCGACACCGUGGACGUGUACUCCACCUCUGAGCCGCUGCUGGCCUUGCAGCGUCGCAUCCAGUUUCUCAACGUCACACACAAUGACGCCAAGCGCUCGAUGCGGUACACCGCAGCCGAUCCCGAGCUUGAGGAGGAGCGGCGAAAGCUGGACCGCGAGGAGAUGGACUCCGCCCUGCGGGCCGCCCUGGAGGAAGAAGAACUGGGCGGGGCCGAUUUCGAGGAUGGGCUGCCGUAG